UAGAGCAGCAUUGCAAGAGCUGUGGAUGGGGGCUAGUGCUGGCCAAGGGGGCUGUUUCUGAUGGACUGCGGCUGUCUGCUUUCCAGGGCAAUGUGCUCAACUGUCGGAAAUGGAAUGAACAAUUCAAACUGAUGGAGGAGAUCGAGCUGCUCCAGGAGGCUGCAAAUCUGUACACCGUGCAGCCCGACGAGCACUUUGGGGCCUGGUUCCAGGCCGUGGAGCCCCUGAGCAAGGAGGAGAGCUACAGCCUGUCCUGCCAGCUGGAGCCCAGAUACCACUGGGUCAGAAAGAUUCGACUCUUCUUCAAACACAAGAAGAACCGCUCAGGGCAGAACACCAGACCCCCACCCAAGGGCCCAGUGGGGGUGGUCGAUGACCCUCCUGAGACCAGCUGAGCUACAGCGGGGACACAGCAUUGACACUCAGGGUGCACAGGGCCACCUCCCCUGAUUCUGAUGAGGAGAAC